CCCAACCCGAGACUGCAAAGCUGUGAGACGCGACAUUGACUUGUCGCCGGCGACGUGCUCCUGCAUUCAUGACUCCUGGUGUCUCAGAAUCCGCGCCCUUGCUGGGCCAGCCACAGCCAGCGCGAAAGAAGCCAUUCUAUCGUCCCAGACCGUUAUGGCUCGUGCCCUUCGCCAUCUUCGCGUCCAUCGUGCGCGGCAUGACUCUUGCACCCCGAGUGCAGGUAUUCACUCAGCUAUCAUGCAACGCCGUCUAUGGGCAUGACGUAUAUGACCAUACGAAUCACUCCUCAGCUGCAACUCCAGUUUCCUUCAAUGCGACCGUUGACCGGGAUGCACCUACCUUCAACAUACACAGCCCGCUCAUAGACGAACAGGGAACACAAGCCAUAUCCCUUCACUUUCCUCACUCAUCAUUGUCGGACGAUGAUGAUGAGCCUGACCCGCGGACCGUUCCAUCUAAGCGUUGCUUGUCCGACCCGAAGGUACAGGCAGGCGCUGCGCGAAUACAGACUAUCAUGACCACUACGAUGGGGCUCCUUUCUGCCAUCACGACUGGCUGGUGGGGUCAUUUCGGCGAGCAAUACGGCCGUACUCGCGUGCUUGCAGCUGCGACCCUUGGCUUGUUCCUCACUGAUUUGACGUUCAUCCUAGUGUCGACACCACACAGCCCCUUCGCCGCUCACGGCCACAAACUGCUCAUUAUCUCGCCUAUCGUAGAAGGUGCCCUCGGCGGCUGGUCGACGCUGCAGGGCGCCACCAUGGCAUAUGUGUCCGACUGUACCUCAGACGGCUCGCGCGCACAAAUUUUCAGUCGUUUCUCGGGUGUAUUCUAUUUUGGGUUCUCCAUCGGACCCAUGAUAGGCGCAUAUCUCAUCCGGCACCCGAUCUUUUCUUUCCCUGGCUCAUCUCCCUCUUCCGUGCCCGUGUUGCACAACGGCCAACCAACGGUAACAUCGGUAUUCUACGUCGCCGCUAUGUGUUCCUUCAUUAACCUGUUACUGGUCGUCUUCCUCUUCCCCGAGUCCAUCUCCAAGAAGAAGACGCAGUCCGGGAAACCGGUUGUCCCUGCCCCUGCCCCUGGACCUGAGCAGGGGGUCGCCGAAGGUUCCGAUCUGGAGGUGGCGAUUGCUGUCAAGCAGGGUUGGUCUACGCAGCGCUUAUUGGAUCCUCUGGCGCUGCUCGCGCCCAAGAAGAUCCCGAGGCCCGAAGGUGGACACCGAACCGACUGGAGUCUGACCGUUCUCGGCCUAUCCUUAUUCAUGUUCCUACUUGCCAGUGGUAUCUUCCAAAUCAAAUACCUUUACGCCGAACACGUAUAUGAGUGGGGCGCUGAACAGCUGAGCUACUACAUCACUCUCAUGGGUGCAGUCCGCUGUAUUUAUUUGCUCCUCAUCAUGCCUCAUCUGAUCCAGUGGUUCAAGCCGAAGCCCAAACCGAGGAGCAAACUCGGACCGUCUACCUCCACCUCAGCCCACGCCACCUCAACAAGCAAGCCUUCGACAGUCCCACCCGCGGGCAAGAAGCCCAAGCCCACGCUUGGCCAGAUUGCCAAAGAGAUGGAUUUUGACCUGCUCCUCCUCCGGUCGUCCUUCUUCGUCGAGUUUCUCUCUCAUACGCUUGUAUCUCUUAUCCCUCCGACAGCGGGCGCCGGUCCUUUCAUUGCCUUCACAUCACUGAGCUGCUUCGGCACCGGUGUCCACCCGGCCGUUAACAGCCUUGCGCUGUGCAUCCUUCGAACGCAGGCUGAAGCGUCCUCUGCCGCUGGUGGCCCACCGCAAGACGAUAGCAACGCGGGCGCUCUCUUCGGCGCUCUUGCCGCCAUUCAGGCCACUGGACAGAUGAUCUUGGGCCCGCUGAUCUUCGGUGUGGUCUACAGCGCAACAGUCGCCGUGUUCCCCAAGGCGAUCUUCGCGACCGCAGCCGCCAUCACGGUCGUAGCGCUCGCGUUGUUAUGUCUCCUCCGCCCCGACGUUGCACUGCGCGCGAGACAACGACAACGGAUGAAUCGCCACGACGAAACCGAGCGCGGCAGGUCGAGGGUACGGAAGGACCUUGGACUGAGCACUUCUUCACCAAUCCUUGGUCGGAAUGUGUCGCCCGCCUCAUCCUCCGGCAAUGCAAAUUAGAAGUAGUUGGCUACCAUAGAAGCCCUCGUAGGUUCCUCGCGUGCUUUCAUGCUAAGCUAUAUUUCAUCCAUCUUAUUGAUGCCACUGUUGUAAAAUAUUCCGUCGACAGUCUACCGACGAAUUCUAUAUGUUCAUUCUCAUCCCCAAUAUUGCUAGUCUAUCAAUGUACAGUUAAAUAGGUUGCUCUACGGAUACAUCGAUAAUACACAAUCCCAGGCGGACUGCUCAUAAUUAACCCAAGAAAUAAAACUCUGAGAAAUGUUCUGAGAGGACACACUGGGGUGGGUUCUGCGGUAUAGUGGGCGUCGCAGAGUGUUUUGUGCAGCUAUGGGACGGCAAAGCAAGCCUGUUGACUAGGACGUCAGGCAACAUUACAAAGUCUAGCCCUGAGGGAAGCUUCGCUGGUAAUCUGGCGGGUACUCUGGUGGUGUAGCAAAGUUCAGCUGUGGAGAUGAAGUUGUCGAAACGCUGCCGUACUCCCUCAACAACAAAUAAGGCGGGGUAGGCGGAAUACUGAUGUUCGACCUCAUCGUCUCCCACGCCCGUGGUGGGUGGCUACCGAGAGACGACACAGCAUGGGCUAGUGGACCGACAGAGCCUUCGACGAAUGUCGAGUGUCGUCUGCCACUGUGCGAGAUCGAGGGCGGGAUCCGCAUUUCCUCGCCAUUGCCGGCGAAGUCGCCCUGGGUCUGGGGGCCCAGUAGGCUUGGCGUGCCAGAGAACGAGCGGCGGGACAUCGAUAUCGGGACCUGCACGUGGAGGAAGUGUUCAGGCGAAGAAGGCAUUGGCGACGGCGUCGUGCUGUGGUCGGCAUAUGUGCCGGACGAAGACGAGAUGGUUGCAAACUCGGCAGCAGUCAUGGGGUAUGGAGGCGACGACAGCGGGGGGCUGCCAGGUCCCCGUGCCAAAGAAUGGUAAGAACCAGCCAGCGCAUUGGAAGGUGCGGGCCCGACGGCAAGUUCCAUCGAUGAGUCGUGAUAGUGCAAUGGAGAAGCUCGGGAGAAUCGUCGUGCUGUGGAUUGUUGCGGUCGCGAAGGGCCCGCGAUCUCGCUCAUCAUGCCUCCUGGGGUCCUUGCUACUAGCGAUGGAGACAAGGCUAAUCCUGACGCUUGCCGCCCUGCAGGAUGGCUAGAGUCAUAUGUGAUAGGGUACAGCGGGAUGCUCGGCCCUGCUCUCGCCGACGCGAUCGUGCGCAGGACAUGCGCGAGCUGGAUGGCGGCUCCAAUCAGGUCAUGUCUGAGCACCUUCGACGCCUGCUUCCUCUCUGUCCAGUCCGAGCUCGGUCGCCAAACGCGGACAGGAAUACCACCAGGACCUGGCUCUCCGCUCGCGUGCUCCAUGUAGAACGACGGAGGCCGCGAGAGAAUAAAGGACGCUUGUCCUAGGCCAGGCGUACUAUUAGUGAAUUUCGUGUCAAUGACACUAUCAAAGGGAAUCUCCAUCUUGAAGCCACACCCAGAGGCAUGAAUGAACCAGGCUAGGGUCUUCCGAUUGUGGCAGAUGUAGGCGACCAAGUCAUACUUGGUGACAGCUGAAGCCAGACGGCGCCAUGAGCCAACUGUGAGCUCCUGACACGGUACGAUUGUGAUAGGUUCGUCGUCUUCGUGGACCAGCAACUGCAAGUCUGUAUCCCAGCCUGCAGCCAGCUCUGGCGGCACGUCGGGAGGCAGCUCCAUCGAUUCCUGAUCCAACUUCCCGUCCAGAAGCUUUGCCUUCGCUCGUCUGUUUUGGAACCAAAUCUGAGUCUGUCGCUCAGUCAUGCCGAGCAUGUCGCUGAUCUCUUUCCUUCGAGCGGCCGUAGGACUUCGAUCGGCGGCGAAAAAACGUUCGAGAUGCGCCAGCUGCUCCGGCGUGACUCUCGACCGCUUCCGUUUGCCCUUGGGGUCGUUUGCUGCAUCGUGACUCCGCGACCCCGAGCGUGAGCGGAGCGGCCCAGAGGACGGCUCUUGCGCCGCCCCCAUGACUGCGGAAUCCGAGAGAUUCGCGGGGCUCGCUGGAGAUGACAGGGACAGCUGUGGUGACGGGCAGUCGGGAUCAGCAGUGGAUUCGCUCUCAUAGGAGAGGGUAGAUAAAGAUGAAGAUGGUUGACCGCUUUGGGCGGGCACGUGCUCGGUGGAUUCGCUCAGCAUGGUCCGGCUUCCACCUGUUUAACUCCUCUGGACAGCGGGUCCAAAUGUGGCACUCGGGCUCACCGGGGCAAGCUACUUUAUACACUGUGGGUAUGAACGCCGCACGUCGCUAUGGUGUCCCGAACAAGGUAGAGCUCCCGAAGCUCACACACGACGCACAAGGUAGAAGUCAAAGUUUGGUGAUGUACCGGUUUUUUCGUGCCGCAAGGUCGUCGAGCUCGGAGAGGUGCGCGACUACCGCGUUUUAUAACAAGCGAACAAUCCGAACUUGGGCGGAUGACGGAGGGCCAGCCUACAAAUACAAUGGAGAAAGCUGUUGCGGAAAACGUUGUGAUGCUGCGAAAGGCUGUUAGUUUGGCGAAGCAUCGACGGAGACCCGAUCCAUAGCUGAGAUGGACCUGAACGGGCCGUUUCAGGUUGUUCACGGACUAAACUCUACUCAGGUAGGAACUGCCCUGUGACCUAGCCCUUAUCCGGUGGUUACCUUCGCAGCCGCAGGUACGUAAUCCUGUGCAGUAGCGGCUGCCCGGAGCUGACCCGUCAGAGGCCCUGUUCUCGCCUGCUGGCAUCGCAAGCGUUUCGCAUCUUCCGCGCCUGCAAAAAAGGGAACUAUUGCAAGUUAAAAUGCCGAGCCUGCAUGACCGCGGUAGCGUUGCAUGUGCAGCGCGGCCCGCACAUGUACUAGGGCGAGGGUUCCAAAGUACAAAAGGGGGCGCGCAGGUCGUCAUGUAUGUCAUAUCUAGGUACCAGGUGUUAUGCCUCCGCACGGUGGGUCCUGCAUGAGAUUCCAGCAGGAAAGAGCGG